UUUGUCUGUAUAUUAAUAAUAUUGUUCUCAAGAAUAUUCUUGAUUUCUCACAGAAUUUUCAAAUUCCGCAAAAUUAUAUCAAACCGCGAGACGUGUCGGUCACUGGUAUCCCCGGAUCACCCCAUUUAUAUCGACUCGCAUACCGAGCACAACGCCAAUUAUGAUGUAUACGAGGGUCACUUCAUGAGCCCUUUAGUCCAAUACUUGCCUGAAUUGGUACCAAAGGAAUCACAAAUUGCCAGAUUUCAGCUCAUUUUGCCCAACACUUGGCCACACAAUCAAUUGAAACCCAUUUGCCUUCAUUUAGCCGGCACUGGAGAUCACUACUAUUGGCGUAGGCGUACACUAAUGGCCAAACCAUUGCUCAAAGAGUACGGAAUCGCGUCUAUACUUCUGGAGAACCCUUUUUACGGUUGUCGCAAACCGGCCGAUCAGACGAGAUCUAGUCUUAAGAACGUGUCGGACAUCUUCAUAAUGGGCGGCUGUCUUAUACUCGAGUCGUUGGCAUUACUCCAUUGGUGCGAACGUAUGGGCUUUGGGCCCCUUUGUGUCACUGGUAUCUCAAUGGGUGGACACAACGCAUCCCUGGCCGGCACUAAUUGGCACAAACCUAUUGGUAUAGUCCCGUGUCUGUCGUGGACAACGGCGUCCUGUGCUUUCACACAAGGUUUGCCAUAUUUGUCGAUAUAUUUGGUGUAA